AUGGUUGAGGCAGAAUCCAGCUUAGCUUUCGAAAGAGAACAAGAUGAGAAUCUAAAGAGGAGUAAACUGCAGGGGAAUGAGGAAAAGGAACUCAAAGGAUUGCUUUUUAAAAGAGCCAGCACAGGUUUGGUGUGGCUUACUCCUAUUGAGCAUGCUCAGUCAGCUUCGUCAGCAUCCAGCCCUGCCAAUGUCGCUAUGCCUGUCGCUUCGGCCAGUCCGCCUGCUGCCGCCACUAACAUGAUGCCCACGCCGCUGCCUGCUGUCGUCAAUCAAGAGCCUUCUGCCUCUCCGGUGGCUGCCUUUCCAGUGACAGCUGCUCCACUGUUUCCUGCUGCAAUGUCUCCUGCCCCAAUAAGAGUGGCUACACCUUCCAUUGCUCCGCCCAUGCAGCCUGGAAUGCUUGCUGGCUCCAGGACCACAUCCCUGGCUGCUGCCACUGUCUCUGCUGCUAUUUCUGCCCAAACUAGAUCCGGUGUCAGCCUACCCAAACCAACGACUGCCUUGGAGGCGAUUCGUAUCACUCCCAUCAUCAACUCACCAUCCUUACCCAAACGAACCAGGGCUAGUUCUGUUCCUCUGGGGAAAUCAAACGUGAGCUACAACUGGCAGCAGAAGACUUCAUCUUCUUUCAACUACCAGUCUCAGUCAGCAUACACUGCCAAUAUUAGUGAAGGCUUUGCCAGCAGUGGCGCCAUCGUGACAAGCCCACCGAAGCUUCCGCCUUCAGUGCCUUACCCAGGCCCGGCUGCUGCUCCUUCUCCUACACCAAAGGUUGUCAGCACAGCAAGCAUCAGGCCUGCAACCUACCAGCCAAUCGCAGAGCCUAUGCAUAGCAGCACUGUGACUUUCAGUGUUCCUCAGCCAGCUCCAGCAAUGCAGGCUGCUGCCCCCGCUUCCUCUAAUCGACCACCAUGGAUAACCGAUGACAGUUUCGCACAGAAAUUCCAGCCUGGCAAAAGCACGACAGCCCUCACCAAACACGUUCAACCUCUACCACAUUCAGCACCGCCAAAGGCACCAAUCGUGCCCCAGAUACCUGCCCCAGGUCCUCCUCAUGCUCCUAUGCCAGGGCAGAGUCCUGGAGGUGUUCGCAAUAUUAUUCAAAGAGCAGAGAGAUUCCCUGCCAGCAGCAGGACUGCUCUUUGUGGACAGUGUAACGGUAUCAUCAGAGGUCCUUUCCUUGUGGCCUUGGGCCGCUCCUGGCAUCCAGAGGAGUUUAAUUGUGCUUACUGCAAAACUUCACUGGCUGAUACUGGAUUUGCAGAAGAGCAAAACAGCAUUUACUGUGAAGGAUGCUACGCACAGUUCUUUGCUCCAAAUUGUGCCAAGUGUAGUGCAAAGAUUAUGGGGGAAGUGAUGCAUGCACUCCGAACCACAUGGCACACCACGUGCUUUGUCUGCGCUGCCUGUGGGAAACCCUUCGGGAACAGCCUCUUCCACAUGGAGGAUGGAGAGCCUUACUGUGAAAAAGAUUACAUUGCCCUCUUCAGCACUAAAUGUCAUGGCUGUGACUUCCCUGUGGAGGCUGGAGACAAGUUUAUUGAAGCUUUGGGUUACACCUGGCAUGACACCUGCUUUGUUUGUGCUGUGUGCCAUGUGAACCUGGAAGGUCAGCCAUUUUAUUCCAAAAAGGACAAGCCACUGUGCAAGAAGCAUGCUCAUGCUAUUAAUGUUUAAACCUUGGGACCAGCAAAACAGAGGAAGGAACCUGGAGGAGACAAGUUUGAUGGAACAAGGUGCAUUUGGGGGAGAAGCAGUGUCUCCUCCAACGAAAACUAUACGCAAAUGCCUUUUAAUCAUUUUAUUUCUUGUGCUUUUUUUUGCUUUAAUUAAGUUGCAAAUGUAAUUCAGAUUGCCAAAAUUUGCGAAAAUCAAGUAGAAUUCAGUGGGUCUGCUUUAUUCCUUUGCUGACAUGAUGCAGGAGUGCAUGACUUUGGUGUGGUGGAAUGCAAUCUGUCCACAGCAGGAAGAUGUCUGCAUCCUCUCAAGCUUUUUGAACUUAUUCGUUACAAUCAAAACAAUCCAGUGGUUUAGAACUGUAACAUUCUGUUUAACUUUGACAGAAUGGUCAGUGAGUGAGCACCUGCACCCCCGCGUACUGAAUACAAAUGUUACUUAGAAUUAGGUCUCUAAUUGAACAAGACAGGUCCUGCAUUGAGAAGCCAACAUUCUCAACUUAAUUGCAAUUGCUGCGUUAGACUUACUGUAGGCGACUUUAAAUACAUAGAAAUCUACGUCUUAGACUUUCUAGAAUCUGUAUGGUUAAUGGAUUUAAGUUCUAGUCUUUCCAUAUGGAAUCUGCGGUUCAGCUACUUGUGCGUCUCUCACUCAGAUUCAUUAAGAAUAAGAAAGCAAAACUGACGGCUAAAAAUAUAGUAGCUUUGCCGUUACUAUUGUGUUUUAGAUGUUUGUGAAGUAGCACAAAUAUAAAUGUGGGUAUGUGUGAUAUUGGCAGCUUGCCACUGAUGUUCCCGCAUUCAGAUAGCCUUGAGGUGGAGGUAGAGGUAGUGAUUAUGACACUCCAGGAAAAUUAUCAGGCUUGGUAUUGUGUUAUAAGUAAGCUCCACAGUUGAAAAGCCCACUGAUACUGUCUGUCUCGGCUCGUGUCUGAAGGAUGGGCAAUAUACUCAAACUAUGACUUUAAAAAUUGUACUAUACACUAGAAAAGGAUACGAUUUGCAAAAUUAAAUAAUAGGUUUGUGUUUCAAGUCGGAAUUUUAGCUAAAGUGUUUACUUUGGCCUAGCAAGUUCAGAGAUUCCAAUUUGAUGUAGAGUGUAGUGUGCAAGAGUCGCCUUCAGUUCUAAAUGGACGAACAUAAUCAAAGGUGGUUAACCCCCAGAUAGUUAAGUUGAUCAGUUUAUUAACUUCUCAUCUUCAUCCUAAAUUCAGUUUCUAGUAUCCUUAAACCUUUAAAAAAAAGGAAGAAUUUAUUGUUCUUUCUUUACUGUCCGAGGUGUCACAGCAAAUAAAGGGCGACCCUGUUAUAACACAGCACUUUGGGGCCUUGUCGUUGGACACUGCAUUAUAACUGGUUCACGACAAAAAUAGCCGACAGUCCCACUUGUGGGUGGUCAGAUCACCAUUGAUAUCACAUCCAGCUUCUGGCGUGGGUUGGUCAACUGGGCAUGUGCGGUCAGCUGGAUUUCAGCAUUGUGAAACCUUGUGAAAGUGCUUGCGAUUGACCAAUUUCCUUUCACCGGGCACACAGGAAGCUGGCCAGUCCAUGCUGGAAAUGCGCUCCACAUUUGGUAACCGCGGACACCCAUGUUCCAAGUGAAUUCGCGCUCUUGCAUUUCCCCUUAAAAUGGAGUCGUACUGUACCUAAUUGCCAUUACAGCACAGAAGGAGACCAUUCGGCCCAUCGUGCCCAUACCGGCUCUUUGGAAGAGCUACCCAAUCAGUCACACUCCCCGGCUCUUUCCUCGUACCCCUGUAAAAUUUUCCUUUUUAAGUAUCUAUCUAAUUCCUUUUUGAAAGUUAU